CAAGCCCAGUCCGAUUGUGCUUGAUGGACAGCGAACACAGCCGCUGCUGCGGCAAUUAUUUUUUUUUUUGUUUAUAUACAAAGUGUUUAUGCAAAAAUAAGUGAUUUUUAUUAUAUUCAAUAUGGAUAUUAGCGCGGAUGUAGCUGACAUUGUCGGACAGGCGUCGGAAUGGAAUUUCGCUGGCGAUUGUGCGCUGCUCGAGCUAAUGAAACGUAUCUCUCAGAAUCUUCACGAGCGGGGCGAACAAACUAGUCGUAAUUUUAGGGAAUUCGAAACAAAAGUAAGACGCGUAGAUAUUGCGCUGGACAAUGCAACGAACAGUUUGCGUUCGCUGCAGUUUGGCCAGCAGUUUGUGGAGUACAGGGUGGAGGAGGUGGACGAUGACGAUUUUGUCCUGCCCGAGGAGCAGCAAAAGAAGCCCGAGGUGCCAUUGAAAAGUUCCCAGGAGCUGGCCGCUGAGUUUCUGCAGAACAAUCUACAAAUGUUUAGAAAGAACUUCGAGGCGGUGACCAUUGAAUUGACCGACUCGGAUGAAGAGGACGGCACUGUAAAUGCCACCACCGUCUAUCGCGAUAAGAAUCCCUACGAUACCAUACCACUGCCCUAUGUUAUAGGCUCCAAGGAGUGGCAGGAGCACAAAUACGCCGGACUCUGUGAUAGCGCCGAGAACAGUGAGGAUGAACAGCCCGAGCAGUUCUCCUCGAGCUCGUCUGAUGAGCUGGAAACAGCUGCGCCAAAGCCCACGCAGGUGCAUCAAGCACAGCACUCGGACUCCUCCUCGCUGGCAUCGCUGCCAAAGGAAAACCAGGCAGCACCUGCGGCUCAGCCUGUGCUCCAACCUGUUCGCCAGCCUGAGCCACAGCCUGUUCUGCCAGUAGCUCAGCCGCGACCUAUUAUAAGCAUGCAUAGAAAUCCACAUGAGAGCGAUAUGUUUGCAGCGCUACGUGCUUCACCGCCCAGUGAUGAUCCACCAUCCAGCUCAGCUUCCUCGCUCAACUCAUCGCCAGCCAUUUCGCAUGCUAACGCUGCGGCGACGGGCCUCAGUUCGAGCAGCAGCAGCACCAGCAAGAUAGUCAUCCAGGCUAACAGGCAGUCGCCGCCUAAGCUAUUCGAUGAAGCGGUCCCAGUUGUUCCCGCUGCCACGCCCAUUGAUGUGCCCAGCGAGGUGAAGCCGACAGCAACUGCUGCCAGUCAAAUCAAGCGAAAACCUGUAAAUCUGUUCAACGACGACGAAUUCAAUUCCUUCAUGUCCGAAAUUGUGGACAAGGUGCAGUCCAAGUCGGGCAGCGGCUCAACGACGCACGCAACUGUGGCCAAAUCCAAGAGUGUGCCCAAAGAAUCGCCGGCGCCUCAGGAAGUCAAGCCUGUUGCUCCUCCGCGCAAACCAAAUGAGACACCGCAGCGUAGCCUAAAUCUCUUUGACGACAGCCCACCGCUGAGUCCCAAUUUGAGGCCAGCGACAAGCAAAGCAAAUCCUGCUAAGAAGCUGCCAACUUCGCUCUUUGAUGACAAUUUGGAAGAUGAUGUGGAUGAUUUCCUGAGUUCCUUUACGGCCAAAGCAAAGCCACAACAACAAAAGCCCAAGACCACAUUAUUUGAUGAUGAUGAUGACCUGGACAUAGAUGAUAUUUUUGCCAAGAAGACGCCGACAGUGCAGCCAACCAAAAUAGUGAACACAAGCUCGCUUUUCGAUGAUGACUUUGAGGAUGUGGGGAAUGCCCAUGAUAUAUUUGGCAGGAGCUCAAGAAACGCGGCUGAAAAACAACCACAGCCAUCCGAGGCUGCGCCUGUGCUGCCACCAGCAAGGGAGCCGCCGAGUCGCAGUCUCUUUGAUGAUCUGGGUGAUGAUGAUCUGUUUGGCACGCCCAAAACAAAGAAGCCGAGUCCAUAUGCUCCGGCGGAAAAGGAGCGACUGAGCGAAACAAAGAGACUGGUUGAGGAGGCACCGGCAGGAGAUGUGGCGCCUGCUGACCAAGUCAUGGAGCAGCAGCCGCCAGAGCAGGCAGAGCCCAUUGGAGAUCAAGCCAAAAAGCACGAGCUGCAGAUUCCGCAAGCUAGCCAAGAUUCGCCAGGUGAGGCGCCGGCAAACUUGAAGGCUGAGCUGCCAAUUUCCAAAGUGGAUCUAUUCAGCGACGAUUUCAGUGACGAGGAAGCUGUCAUAAGCUCCACAUCCCGUACGUCAAGAGAUUUAAAAGAGAUUAGAAGUGGGGAGCUGCUGCCAGAGCCAACGAACAAAGCAAAAGAAGACCAGGACGAGCCUGAGCCGAAGGAUCUUGUGAGCAAUAAUGAGGAGCAGCAUCAAGUGAAACCUGCUCUGCUGGGUGAUUUAUUAAAGAACAUCAACGACAGCUCCGCAAACACAAUGGUUGAGGAGGAGGAGGAGGAGGAGGAACAGCCGCCGGCUGACCAGGAUCCCAUCAUCAGCCUGGUGGCGGAGCAAACCAAAAAGUCGACGCACUCUCCAGCGCCGGCGGAUGUGGCAGCUGCUCAGCAGAUAAUGCAAAACUAUUCGAGCCUCUUCUCGGAUGAGCCGCCCGAUGAUAGCGAGUUCUUUCAAUCCCUGGGCACCAGCAGCCUGAGCAGCCUGAGUGCCACCAAGAUGUUCGACAGCGAGCAGGAUUUCUAUGAGCCUUCGCUGCCCGAUUUACCUCCAGCGGCUGCGGCGACCGUGGAACAGCCCAACAAUGACUAUGGUGGCAUGCGUCUGUUCAGCGACGAGCCGCCGGAUGAUGAUGAGGAUGAGGAGGACGAACGGGGUAUAGCUGCAGCGGCUGCAAAACAGCCGGAUGUAGCUGCUCCCAAGCGCAUACACACCAUCUUCUACGACGACUUCAGCGAAACGACCCGAGCAGGCGCCGCUCAGCAGGCCAAGUCGGCUAUCUUUGCUGAGGAGCCACCGCCAGCGGAUGCGGUAGCGUCCAAGCCCGGCUCGCCCAUUAAGAAACUACAAAUGCCCAAUAUAAACAUCAAUGUGCAGGCUCUGCUGCCCGGCUCCGGCGCCAGUGCCUUGCCCAAGCCGCCCAAGAAGCUGGAGGAAGCAGUAGCGCCCAGCACCGCCCCAGUUAGCCAAGUGGCGAUAUCAAGCUCCAGCGAGGCGGAUAACAUUUUGCAGUGCAUUAGCAAGACGCGAGUGCGCGGUCCCGCCCAUCGCCGGCCGUCCACGCGCCGAGCACGACAGGCGAACUACGCCAAGAGCUUGCUGGAGGCACAGCCUGAGCCAAUUCCUGCCUCAUCUACGUCCCCAUCGGCGGCAACAUCCACAACUGCUUCUCUCUCCAGCAAAUCUGCCGGCGUGCCCAGCUUUGAAAGUGAUGACAACGAGGCGGAUGAUGCCUUGUUCAAGGCAUUUAGAGCACAGCCAGCAGCUGCUCAAGAAUCCUCGCGAGCAGCCAUAUCGAAGCCAGCUUUAUUUUUGGACUGCCAACCGGAUGAUGAUGAGCUCUUUGGCAAAACGUUGGAAAGAAAAACUAAUAAGAUGCCAGCAACUGCUCCUCCAGUUGAUCCGCCAGCUUCUGCUCCAGCUGCUCCGCCAGCUGCUUCGCAUGCUACAACUCCAGUUGCCCUGACUGAAGUUUCUCCAGUUGCUCCGCCAGCUACGGCUCCAGUUGCCAUGCUCUCGUCCACACAACCACCCGAGGAUGACAUAAAGCACUUUGAUAAACCGUCUCCAUUUUUGGAUAGCGGCGAGGAUGAUGACGGUUUUCUUUUCAGCCCAUCUGCAGCACAAAGACCAGCACAGUAUGCCAAUAGAGGUACAUCUAGAGCUCCUACUGGGCCACCCAAAUCCUAUGUAUCCUUCUUGGACAACAACGAUGAGGAUGAGGAUGCUAUGUUUGCCGCCGCAGCAACCAGGUCAGCAGCAGCUGCUCCGACUGCCUUGCCCAGCCAGAAACCGCCAAAGGAUGAACUCAAAUCCACAGCAAAAUCUGCUUUCUUGGACAGCGAUGAUGACGACGACGAAGCACUCUUUUGGUCAUCCAAGCUCCAGACUCAGACACAGAUAGUUGAGCCUAAUUCCAGUAAAGUGGAGACGCCAGCUCCGGCUCCAGCUUCCGUUGCCCUGGACAAGUCCAAGCCGCAGCCAGUUAAAUCAAAACUCUUUGAUGACAGCGACGAUGAUGAUGAUUUGUUUGGCAGCGCCGUGACCAAAGCCCAAUCAGCUCCCGCUGCAGCUGCUACCCUGUUCGCCAGCAGCAGCGAGGAGGAGCCGGAGCAGAAGCCGCCCAAGCCGCUGACCACCAAAGCAAAGCUGCCCGCCAAGAGUCUGUUCAGUGAUGAUGACGACGACGAUGAUCUGUUUGGUGGCGGAGCUGCUGCUGGUGCUAAACGUGCCGCUAUAAGCAGCCAGGCCAAGCCUCUGCCCAAAAAGACAGCUGGAAAGACGACGACGGCGACGCCUGUGCAGGCCAGUAAAACCGACGGAGUUGAUAAUCCGCUGGCCGAUCUGUUGGGCCCGUAAGGUAUUUUCACUGAAACACAUUUUGUUAUAAUACUACAAGUAUGUUUAUUUACACUUAUCGAUGAUUUGUUAAUGUUUAUUACACAACUCUACAACUAAACAGUUUUCGUAAAUCUCAA